CAUCACACUCACACCAUUAGUUCAUCUCAGAGACACAGAAAGAUGGGUUCAUGGAAUUCAAUUUCAAUGGAGAUCAUAUAUCAGGUCUUAGGAUGGAUUUCCAUCAUAUGUUGGGCACUUGCUUCGUAUCCACAGGUCAUUUUGAAUUUUCGACGAAAAAGUGUUGUAGGAUUGAGCUUCGAUUAUGUCAUGUUGAAUUGCACGAAACAAUCGUCAUAUUUGAUUUACAACGCUACUCUAUUCUUUAGCUCCACUGUUCAAAGGCAAUACUUCGACAAAUAUGGCUACGAUCAGAUGAUACCGGUGGCUUUAAGCGAUGUGUUUUUCCCCUUUCACUCGAUUUUAUUGAUCUCCGUCGUUUCAGUUCAAAUUGUAUUUUUUGACGUUAGUGGUUUGUUCUCUUUUGGAUUUGUAUCUUGUUUUGGUUCAAUACGGGUAACUAUUUUGCAUUCUAUUGAUUGGAUUUUGGUGCAGCGUGGCAACCAGAAAGUCUCGAAGACAUCCAUUGCUAUCUUUGUUGCAGUAUGGUUCUUCGCAGCAGCCUGCUUUUUUAUGGCUCUGCCAACCCAUUCAUGGCUUUGGCUCGUCUCCAUAUUCAAUUCAAUUCAAGUUUUUAUGACAUUCAUCAAAUACUCUCCUCAGGCGUUUUUGAACUUCACCAGAAAGAGUACAGUGGGAUUUAGCAUUGGUAAUAUAGUUCUUGACUUCACUGGAGGAGUGGGAACUUUGGCUCAGAUGAGUGUGCAAUCAAUUGACCAAGGUUCUUGGGUGAACUUUUUUGGAAACAUAGGGAAGCCCUUGCUAGCUUUGGUCUCUAUAGGGUUUGAUCUGAUUUUCUUCUAUCAACAUUUUGUAUUAUAUCAUAUCAAGGCAUCAAGGGUUUCAUUUCAACGUGAUCCUGAAAGCACUGAGCCAUUAAUUAAGGACUCUGAUCACUUGCAAGGGAUUGCCACAACCAGUUGAUACUUGAUGGUUGGGUUCGAGUAUUUUGGUGUUGGAUUGUGUAUCCUUUUGGCUACUUGAGGUUGCAGGUAGGAAACACUCAAGAACACACAGAAAACUCAAGAACACUCAAUAUGGAAAUUCAUGAAAAUAUGUGGUAAUAUCUGAAGAAAAGUUACAAGAUAACCUAACUUUCGAGAGGGCUACCCUCUUGCAAAUUCCACAAAGGAAACCCCACAAAAUUUUUCUCCGAACACUGGCAUUUGCUCCUUUUUGAACUUACUAUGAUUGCCAUUUUCUUCCUGUCUUUUACGGGGACUGUUCUCCUUCCUCGUCUCCUUUAUCCCUCUCAUCUCUAGUCAUCUUCUUCGUUUUAGAGGCACUCCUUCAGACACGCAUAAGUUACCUCUCAUGAACUCCAUUUCGGGGGCCAAAGAUGCAUCUGUUUCUGUUAAUGAAGCCAUUCCCUCUUCUAUACUUUUAACUUCUCUACACUGCACUUAAUGCUCAACAACUCUUGAUCAGUUGAUUCCAACCUUUCUUCAAUUUGUUUUUGGGCCAUGUUCUCGAUUUUUUCCAGGAUGACGGCUUUGAUACCAAUGUAUAAGGUAUCUCAUUACUAUUUCUUAUAUUACGGUAAUGAAGAAGAGCCCCAAGGCUAUACAACUCCUUUCAGUUAGGGGUGGAGUAGAUUGUUUCCUCCAUAGUAGAAUCUUGGAGCUGCCUUUCCUGGACACUCUGUUGCAGAAUGGAUAAAGUUAGAUGGUCGACACUCGCUAAAUGUGAACAUAGCCUCGAACAUGUUCUCUUUAGGAUCCAUUUCGGGGUCCUCCAUUUCUUCAUCAUCUGGAUGCGAUAUCUCAGAAGUGUUACUUUUUUGCUUCUGCCUAAGCUCUGGUACUUAAGACAUGUUCUUCUUGUAGAGUUUCUUGUACGUGCACAGGAGAUGGAUUUGCGAACUCUUCGAAAAUCUCCACCUCUCCAACACGCUGCCACUUGCUCUUGCACUUUUAGCAACAAAUCCUCCAGUGAAAUGAAAGAUGCAGUUACCUCGAUCAAGUGAUGACUCAAAAGUCUUGAUCUGAUGCUUAUGGCUUCUCGUUUUGCAGUUUUUGAAUGAGUCGAGCAGAUUACGCUCCGGUGCUCUCUCAACACACUCAUGAAUCUGCCUUUUGGUUGGUUGAAUUCCUGAUCCAACUUUGAUAUUGUUGACUCCAUUGAAUUGUCCAUCUGUAGAAAGACAAUCAAAAGAAAUCAGCAUUUCACCCAUUGCAUUCUACGUAGUGAAGCAACUCGAACAAGUGUUAAGUGUUCAACGAUGCUCUAAUACCGUCACGGGGUUAAAUUUUAAAUAUAAAAUUUUUACCUUUACAUCGUGCGGCCUAAAAGUUUGCUUUCUUAGUCAGCUUUCCUUUGUCUCGGGAUAGUUGACAAUUGAAUGAAGAGCACACUUAAAGCAAGCAUCAUGAACAUAAAUUGUCAAUUUAAUACACCUAACGUACUCAUCCUAGAAAUUCAAGAAGGGAGUAAAAAACAAUGAAACUAGAGAAACCUGUAAACAUUUUAUCAAAAUCUCACAAAAUCUGUAAACAAAGUGCCAACAAACCUCUAAAUCGAUGUUUAGGGCCUAGUCAAUCAAUGAAUCUCGAAUCUCGAAUCUCGAAUCCCGAUGUCAAAAUCUUCAUUGCAAGUCAGUUGUGGAAUGGCACCACGGUGCUAUGUUAAAGAAUGCAAGUGUGACGGUUUCCAUAUAUAAUGGUGCUGCAGUCCAUACCCUUUGCAUAGCUUCUUCCUUCAACGCCUUCCAUUAGCAUCGCGGCGCUAGGUCCUUCAAUGGCAAAUUCGUAAUUUUGAUGCACUUUGACCUAGAUGCUCCUUUUAGGCUUCAAAUGCUCCAUUUUAGCUUGGUUUUCUUCCAAAUGCUCAAAUCUACCUCUCCAGUACUUGAAACUUAUGAAAUCAUCAAUUAAACAUAUUAAAUCACACAAUGAAUCUGAGUUAAGUUGGGUAAGAUAGCACAUUUUAGGUGCUAUCAGUUGGGAAGUCCUAUAACUUUUUUAUCGGUUGAAACUAUCUUUUUGUUUGAAGUUCAUAAUUAAUACCCGUUCUGUUCUUAUUUGUCGAAAUCUUGCUUCUUCGUUGACUUGUUUAUUUAGGCUUCAUUUGAUAAUGAUUUUGUCUUUAGUUUUCUGUUUUUGAAAUUUAUGCUUGUUUUCUCUAAAUUUUUUAGUAUAGUUUUCACAUUUCUUAAAAUUUAAAUUCUUAGUCAAAUUCUAAAAACAAUAAGUUUUUGAAAAAUACUUUAUAGUUUUCAAAAAAUUGGCUUAUUAUCUGAAAAACAUCGAUAGGAAGGGAAUAAAAAAAAGUUAUAUGGAAGAGUGAUGUUUAUAAACUUAACAGGUCAUAUUUAUUUAUUU